AUGUUCAACUGUUUGAUUUGGAUGUUUGUCCUACUCUGCAGUUCUAUAGCAGAAGAAAACUCCAUCAGAGAUGCUAAGAUUUUCCCAUCAUCUCCUGAAAUUAAAAGAGGAUCCACUCUGAAACUAUUUUGUGUUCUUGGGACACGCUACACUCCUCACAGAAACGCAAGCCACAUCAUCUGGAAGUUGAAUCAUGAUUUGAUUGCUCAGGAAAACUAUGGCACUGUGAAUGAGACUGUCUCGAGUAUAACCAUCCAUAACUUCACUUACAGCAAAGCUCAUGUGAAGUGUUUCAUCAAGUACUUGGACAAGGAACAACUUUUGGUUCACACUGAAGUUAAAUCUGGAUUUCCACCAGACAUACCAAGAAAUAUUUCCUGCAUUUAUCGUGUCGAUGUUGAACUUACUUGCACCUGGACUUCUGGAAGAGAAACAAAUCUUUUUACAAACUAUACUCUUUACCGAAAAACGCUGCAUAGUGAAGUGAGCAAGUCAUCCUGCGAAAGCAAAACAGAGUCAUGUUCAUUUCAUUUUCCAGAUACUCCAUAUAGUAGUAGUUCUUGUUUCCAGGUGAAAGCUGAAAAUGUUGUGGGUGAAGCCUCAUCAGAUUGUGUUCCUAUACCUCUGGAGAAAAUAGAGAAAUUUGAUCCUCCUGAAGUACUUUCAGUUGAAAAAGUCUUUGGUGUGAAGCAGUUGCUUACAGUAACCUGGAAAAUGCCUGAGAAGAUUAUCCCUUCACAAGAUUUUAUUUGCCAGGUUCAAUACAGAAACUUGUACUCAAACUCAUCGGAACGUGUCCAGGUUCCACUGAAUUCUGCAGAGAAGACAGGAACAUGUAAUCUCACAGGUCUGUGGGACUCCACAGAAUAUUCAGUUGCCGUUCGGUGUCGCAGUGUCGUGUCAAUGUUCUGGAGUGACUGGAGCAGGGAGAAAACUGCAAGCACGGAGGAGAGAGCUCCUUCAGAAAAAGUGGAUUUGUGGAGGGUAAUUGAGCCUUCACACUCAGCUGGAGGUAGAUGUGUACAUCUUAUGUGGAAGCCAUUAAACAGCUUUCCACCUUCUGGGAGGAUUCUAGGCUACGAAAUAGACUACUAUCCAGAAAGCAAUCGUGCACUUAAAAUAGCAAACAUCUCUACCACUGAGAAGAUGAUCUUACAUUUAAAUGAAGAGGCAUAUAUAAUAUCUGUUACUGCCUAUAACUCUGCUGGAAAUUCUCCUAAAGCUAUUUUGAAGAUUCCAUCCACCAGUGAAAAAACUUCUCAGAUUAUUGAAACAGUGAAGACCUUUACGACAACUGAAGAAGUGGUUGUGGAAUGGAUAGCCUCCAAAGCCUCCAAACCAGAAGUAACCGAAUACGUAGUUGAGUGGUAUGAGGAAUUUGAGACUGAUCCUUUUGGUAGAUCAUGGCAUUACGUAUCAAACUCUACACACUGGAAAGCUAACAAAAAAAAAUUUAAACCAUUUAUAUGCUAUAACAUCUCGGUGUAUCCUCUCUGUGGGAAUAAAGCAGCAGCUCCAUAUUCCAUACAAACUUACGUUCAAGAAAAAAAGCCAUCAGAAGGACCUGUGGUUGACACAGGUGUUCCAGGGAAAAAUGAAGUUACAAUAAAAUGGAAGGAGAUUUCAAAGGACAAAAGAAAUGGAUUUAUCAGUAACUACACAAUAUUUUAUAAACCUGAAGGUGGAAAAGAAUUGAAUGAAACAGUGAACUCUGAUGUUCUGCAAUACCGACUGAAGUCCUUGCAGGCUAAUACACAAUAUACUGUCUAUAUCAUGGCAAGCAAUGAAGCUGGUGGAACCAGUGGAGAGCCAAAAACCUUUAAGACUUUGAAAUUCAAUCAAGAAGAUGUUAUUUUCAUUGCUCUACCUCUUGGAUUAGGCAUGUUGUUUCUGCUAAGCCUUUGGAUAAUAUGCAUUUUGAAAAAAAACAUGUUUAAAAAAGCUUGCUGGCCUGAUAUACCCAAUCCCGCAGAGAGUGUUGCUGUGGAAUGGCCUUUUGAUGCACCUAAGGAUAAUUCAUUUUCGAAGAGACUGCCAUCUGAGGCUAAAAUCACAGAUUUUGAAGACAUAAGUGUCUUGGAACAUUGUUCACCUGAGGAAAGUCAGGAAGAGUCCCUGCUAAUGAAUUGUGAAAACUAUGUUUCUGAAUGUAGUGGUAUUAAUACAAAAGGCAUGACUAAUGGAGAUAUAAAGAUAGCAUUUAGCGGAAAACAAGAAGUUGAUAAAUGUUUUUCACCAUCCAUGACUUAUGUAAUUACUGACCAAGAUAUCAGAAGUGACAAGCAUUUGGCUUUGAUACCAGUGAAGAAAUUUCAACCCAUAGGAAUGUUGGAAGGUGAUUUAUGUGAAUCUCAACAGACUUCAAAUAAAACUGAAGACAAUAAUGAAGUUUUAAAGCUGGAAGAUGUCGAUGAAAAAGCAUGGUUCAAUCCAUACCUAAAACAUUCUGUUAAAACAAGGGAGUUUCUUUUUUCUGACAACUUGCCAGAACACAGAAAGAAUGAACCCAAAAGCCAGUCAGCUGUCUUACCUUCCUUUCAACAAAAUGUUGCAGGACAAUCCUACAUAACACUGGACAUGUUUGGGCUGGCCACAGCUCAUGAGUGUGAGAAACCUUUCCUUUGUCAAGUCCCCUUGUGA